AUGACCGAAUCCGGAGCGGCCGUCGCGGCGGUCCGCAGCAGGCCGCUGUCGCCCAGAAAGUUUUUCGCCAUGUUGUACGAGACGGACGCCCGUGAGACGGGCGCGCAGACCGAUGCCGUUCGCCACCGUCCGGCGCAGCCGCCGCGGCCGCCGAUCCCGGUCCCGACCUCGGCCGCCGACCCCGUUUGUCCCAGACAGCUGCAGCAGGCCGUCGUCGUCGUCCGGCCCGUCGUCGCGCACGUCGAACACACGUUCGCUGCCGGUCUGACCGCUUUCCGUGAGUAUACAGUACCGACACGCACACGUAUUGGACCCUCCUAAAAGAAGAGCUGAAAUGCUGGGAACGGGUAUGCCAGGUGGGAAGUUGGGAAUGCCGAAUAAAUAAAGUCGUUUGAUUUAUGUGUGUGCGCAACGAUAAACCAUUGCCAACGAAAUACGGUUCCAAAGGAAGACCGAUUAUGCAUGUAAUGUUAUAAUUCCGUACUUUUUACGAUUUAUGACAAAAUUGGAUCCGGUUGUACAAAAACAUCAGAUGGGUCUGAUUAUAUCCAAUAAAAUGCAAUAAAAGAAGUGUCUUGGUAUUUUUCGAUUGGAAUGAGAUUCCGGUAGAAAACUUGUUAACUUGUUUUCAAAGAAAUAUACUUAAGCUACACUCGACCGUGUACCUACGUUUAAAUAUUUGAUGUCUACCUACCUACCCACAUGAAUACCUAUAGCUUCAUCAAUUCGAAAAACGAUAUACUUGUUCCCGAUUCGAUACAUGUUAUAUUUUAUUUAGGUAUUUAAUGUGAGCGUGGGGUGGGGGGAUAGUUUAGAUAAUUUCGUCUAGAUGAAAAAAAAAAUGGUUCAAUUGUGUAGCCCAACACGAUGUGACGUGUGACUAAAACGUUUAUUACACGUUAAAUAUAAAAGAUAUGUUAUAAUUAUUAUUUGAGUAAUCCCCUUUCUUUUUCCUUCUCCGUUCGUCCCGUGAUCGUUAAAAGUUGUGAAACGCACUCGUAAAACGAUGUCUGGCCAAGUGGCCAUUAAUAUUAUAGACGGGAUACGAAUACACGAUUAUCGGAAGAUUUAAGACCGUAUACCCAUGUGAACAAUGUACUGUCGAGGUUAAAUAUUUAGAGAUAAAAAAAUCCGCAGGUUUAUCCGCAAGGAUCCUAUGUCGCGAGAGUAUAAACGUUUAUAGGAUCAUAUUUUCGAAGACGCGGCGUGUGCGAAAACUCGUAUAAUUUAUUGUGCUCUUUAAAUGUGUACAAGACACGAAACGAUUGAUCGUAAAAAUCGUCCAUUAUUUCCCUGUAUCCUCCACUACUUCUAUUCUUAGUCCAGUGGUUCUUAACCUUUUUCGAAUGAGGGAACAACUUAACUUUUACUGUGCGGAACACAGCCGUAAAAUACACAGCAUAUUUUCAUUUCAUAAUAUGCUAAAGAGUCCAUACGUACACAUACUUCACAGUUUACAUACUGGUCAACUGUUUCUUUGUCUUAGAAAUUGAUAAAAGUCAGAACCAUAUGACCAUAAAACUAAAUAUUUCGUUUACUUAGUGAAUUUUUUUCCUACUGAUUUUUAAAUUCCGGCGGAACGUUUACUCUAAGUUCACCGAACACCGGUUAAAAACCGUUGCCUUGGUCUAAUGGUUACACUAUUUACACAUCCUCUUUUUACUCGGCCUGCUUACUUUAACGCGAUUUACCAAACUGCCAACGGGUUUUUUACCAACCAUUUGAAAUAAAAACGGUUAUUAUUACAAUAUAGAUUUCUAAUCUUUAAAUUACACACUAUAUUUUCGACUUUGCCGAUAUUCAACACACGUUUUAUAAUAUUGCCGGUCGAAAUACGUAUAAUCGGCACAAGCCGUUAUACCGUAUGGGUACUGCAGAUCUCCGAGAUAUUGUAUUGUUCUGGAAAAUUCAAAUUUCGUACUGUAUGAAAGUCUGCAGAUCGCGUACAAAGAAAAAAGAAAAAAAAACUAUUUCGAACAUUUUUUACGCGUACGAAAAAUUCGUUUCCGUUUAUUUUACCGAAAUAAUUGGUUUUUAAACAGAAAUGUAUGAAAAAAAAUGUUAAGAACUAUAAUUUGACCUAUCGUUUUGUUUACUUAUAAUAUAAUACCAAGGAUGGAGAACGUUUUUAUUUUUUUCGUUUUUGUUUAUUAACAUAAAAUAUAUAAUUUUCUUUUUGCCUUUUUAAACUUAUUUAUAACAAUAUCUAUUUAAGAGUAUCAAUAUGACGACAUUUUUUUUCUGUGGACAACUUUUCUACCAGUAAUUUUGAUCCAACAUUUAAUGAUAGCAAUGUUUCUAAAUUAUAAUUUCACUAGAGAGGUACUAUACAGAGUUCAUUCAUCGAUUUCUCAGGCAUUUUCUUAUCAAAUGUUAAAAACCGACGUACAACAUGGCAAAACCGGAAAACGUAGGAAAACAGGGAAAAAACUAAGGUAUAAAAUUAAACAAAUACUAUUAAAGAAAAUACAUAAAGCCUAUUUAAUUAUUUUAAUACGAAAUGACAUAUAUAUUGUUGAACAAAGCAUCACUAUCAACUGAAUUCCGCUCAGAAUCGUUUUUUUCGUAAACAAUGGUUAAUCGUUGCUUACAUAGGUAUACAUUAAAUUAUCUAUAACAGUGUUUUCACCAUUAUCCUAAGACGUCAUUUCGUUAUCGUUUUUUUUUUUUUUUUAUUAAAUUUUUUUUGUUUAAUAACGCUAUUAAAAAUAUUUCCCGUCCCUGCUGUACGUACUUAUAGUUAUAUUAAUUCGAUUUUUUUUUGUUUGAAAACCGACCGAAUAAUAGCAUAUUAUAUUUUUUUAUUUAAUAUGUCGUUACGUAAUCGAUUUAUAAACGAUUCUGUGUUGAACGUACGCGAAGAAAAAUAUUUAUAAUACCUGCCUUUCUAAAUCAUAAUAUUAUAUAUUAUUUAUCUAUACCCAUGCUAAAAUAAUAAUGUGACAUUUUUCUGGUAUAUAAUUUGCUGUACAUCGAUAACAUGACGCUUUCUAAAAAAAUAUAUCAGUAUGAUUAAAUAAUAAUUGUGAGUAAGUAUAUAUGUACUGAAUAAACCCAUCAUAGUUUGCUUUCCGCAAUAAAUUAUCAGCGAGAUAUCAAUAAAAAAAAAAUUAAAACCGUACUUCGUGGAAAGUUGGAAAGAUACAUGCUGUAAGAUACAGAGUAGUUAUUAUUUAGUUUGUAUACUAAAAUCAACGAUAUGUUAUCGUGAUCGAAAAACGAUCCUGAAUGGAGCUCGGUAAACAUACUCAUUUACACAGUAUUAUAGUCGUGUUUUCUCAUCUUGUAGCUAAUAGGUUAUAGCCGAGCUUGGAUUUUCCUUUUUAGGAAAACUAUCGGGAAUCUAGAAAAAUGGUUUUAGAUAAGUACUACCGGUCGGAAAUUAGGCAUCUUUCACGACACCAGCUACUGCGUGAAAAAAUCUGAGCAUUUUUACUUGUGAUUGGCACAACUGCAUAAUUACUAUCGAACGAUUCGAUAAAUUAAAAACUGUACAGUUAAUAUAGUUAACGAUUCGGUCAUUUCUAACGGACGAGCCGUUUAUAUUCGGGUAUGGAAAAUCUAGGCACCUAUUCAUAUAGUUUUUAUUCGGUUAUAAGAAAUAAUGUUGGAACGUUUUUCGAAAUAUUCCAUAGUUUUUCCGAAUAAAAUUAUUCGGCCAUGAUAAAAAAAAAUACAUUCUAAUGAUAUGUUUGAUAGUUCAUCAAAACUAUCGACACUAUAAACUAGGUAUCAGAAGUGCUUAUCACCAAUUUUUAAUAAUCGAAAAAAUUGUUUUCCGAAAAAAAAAAUACACACACAAGUAACUCAUAGAUUCUUCCCUACAUUCUGAAAUCUAAAAUUCAAAAACGCAUUUUCAACAUCCGAACGCUAUAAUAUAUUUACGAAACUUUUUGGUUAACGUUCGUACUUCACUAAAUGGCUGAUCAUAGCGUCAGAAUUUGUAUUUGACUUACGGUCAAUGGAAAAUUGUACGUUUCUGUUUUCAUGCACAAUGUAUAUUUAUACUUCGGAAUCAUGAAAAAAACCAUGACGUAGUAAUAUAGCUAGGUAUGUAGCUAUAACACCAUAACAUAAUACCAUGACAAAAUAAAUUGGUAUAUAUUAUUAUCACAAUAUUGUGUCACGUUUUCGUUCGGUUUGCGCAUCUCUCCCACUCCCGGUUCACGUGGUAGUUUUCCACUAUACUAUUGGCAAUGUUAAUGAUACUCAAUUAAACAUGGAUAACUACUUUAAUGUAUGAUGUGAAGAAAUAUUUGAGUUGAGCAUGCGUAUGAAAAACCUGUUAUCAUACCUGUCUAUUUUGUCAUGCCUAAUACAUGGUCGAGUCGCACAAACUAUUUGAUGUAUCCAGUCGAGCGUUAUAAAUCAGUGUUACCAUAAAGUAUAGCCUAUAAUGAUUUUGUUUUAUAACUUACGUAAAUUAUCAAUAUGCACGUACUAAAGGUAUAAACCGAAAAAAAAAAAAAAAAACCAUUGUUUCUGAAUUUUUAUUCUCAAUUAUUCUGACCGUAUUGCGCGGUGGGCAAGGCUAUUUACAAAUAUUCGCAAUUAUAAUAUCGCAAGUGUUUCGAGUUUGAUAAAAUUCAAUCCAAUCAAAAGGAUUUUUAAUUUUAUAAAUACCAUGCUUCUGCUUUAUGAAUAUUAUGUGGAACUUUGAUAGAAUUGUUUAGGGGGGGGGGAAGCUGACGUUUGUGAAAUUUUUUAAGCAGACGAUUGACGAAGACUAGUGUGGAAGGGGUACCGAGGACAUUGUUAUUUAAGAAAGUCGUUGAGACAGUGGAGCUGGAAAUCUGACGACGGAGAAAAAUCGCAGAGAAUGACCGGUUAGGUGGCAGGUUUUGUAAUUAGUAGUAUAGUCUUAAGGACCGUAGCCAAUUUUCAGAAGAAGAGAAGACUUUGUAAAAAUACGUAGAACGUGCGGACGACUUCCCUCAAGCACUUUUUACCCUUCCUCUAACCUUGAUUUUCCUAGUACUCAUUGAAAUAACAAUAACGAUUAAAUAUAACUUACAUACUUUAAUUUAUAAGUUCAUAUAUUACAGAUUUAGGAAGAGGGCUAACAGUAAUCUGUGCUUCAACCAAACCUGGUGAAUAAGUCGUGCGUGGUUAGUGGUGUAAUUAGAAAUUAUAAUCAUCAAAUAGUGCGAGUAAAUAAAUAAUACAUAAUUAAUAACAAUCUAUUGCCCACUAAUUUGUUCAUAAAAAGAUUGGAUGGUGGAUAAGUAGUAUGUUUAGAUAAUUGUUUGGUCGUACACACACAAAAAAAAAAAAAAAAAUGUAAUCUACAUGUCAUUGGAAACUAAGACCGCUAAGUUAUUGCUUCUUUAAUCUACUUUACACGGGCUCUCCGUACUCUAUAUGCAUAUUAUCGUUAUUAUUUUACUUCACGCGGUAAACAUAAAUAUGAAAUCUGAAAAUCUAAAAAUGUUAUGUCCAUGCUCAUACCAUUCUUCCCUAACCUCCCCCCCCCGACGCUCUCGGUUGUGAAAUACUUUCCAAGAUUCCGCUAACACAAUAUUCUGUAUCGUACAUUAUUCUCUAUGCACCUAGGAAGGUAAUUAAAACGUUUAUCGAUUUUCCGUGACGACUAAACGCAUUUCUUGUAUAACGGUGUAAAUACGAAUAAUGGUACUUUAUUAUGUUUGAAAAUAUAAACGGUUACGUGAAAAUAAAUAACAUAAUACUAGCAAUAAUAUAAUGAUAAUAUACGACCGUGUCGGUUUUUAUAAUAGUUUUUUUUUUUUUUUUAACGUUCCGAUGAUGACCCAAACAAAUAAAUUAAUAAUUAUACGAAAUAUCUUCAGGAUUUGAGUCCUGGAAAUACACCCUGCAGUAUUGCGAGACAUUGAAAGCCGUCGUAAACCGUCGUGUAUGCAUAUUAUACGAACGCGGUAAAAUAUUAUACAAUGUACCAUACAUAUUAUAUUUUACGUUUUAAUUUCCGUAAUAUUUUCAAUUUCCUAAUACCCACUAGCAUAGUUGUCUGUCUUUAUAAGUUCCAUUUACGUCUUGCACUGUCUUUCUAACUGGCAUUAUAUCAAUAAACGAAAACGUCUAUAAAAUAAUACCCUUUUUCAUACGAUAAUUUAUAGAUGACAAUAUUUUAAAGAGACCACUUCGGUGGUUUUUUUUUAAAUAUUAACUAUUAAAAAAAAGCACAGUUAUUUAAACAAAUAGUUAUGUAAAAUUUUGUUAAAAUAAGCAUAUUCCUCGCGAUAUACUCGACUUUUAAAAACAGGUUGUACGUGAUAAUAUAUUGUACGUUACACGAUAAUUAUGUAUUACAAUAUAUAAUAAUAUUACAAAAUACAAAAAAAUAAUAAUAUGUAUUUAUUAUUAUGAUGUUACCAAAAUGACAUCACAAUUAUUUCAUUUGGUAUUGAAUAAAAUGGGCAUUUUUUUUUUUAAUUUGCCCUUUGUCUCAAUGACCGUUUCAAAUACAACGGUCGUAAAAAUAUUUAUUAUUUAUCGAAAACGUGUUUUGGUGAAAACCAUUUUCUCCCUUCAUACAUAACCAAAAUUGAUAAAUGAAGGAGGUACCAUUUUUAUUUAAGAUUAAGUUCCCCGUUUCUGAUGAAUCGUUAAUCCACAAUUACAUAUUGUAUUUACUCUUUGGUUUUUGUGGCUGAAUUUUCACGACAGUAAGAACAUAACUAAAAUCCAUUACUAGGGAGAUGUAACUCCGUUAUUUUUUGUAUAUUUUCGUCAUUGUUUAGUUUAUUUUUAAAAUAUAAAGUAUCCGCUUGGGCGCAUUAUAAUAAUAUAAUAAUAUGGAAACUAUAUUAACACUCAUUUAAUAAAACAAAAUUGUAUACUUUCUAAACAUUUUGUAUAACAAUAAAUACAGGAACGACGUACAAUAAAUUUAUUUUAGUUAUCUAUAGUUGAUUAUAAAACAAAUAUGCGAAAUAACUAUUAAAUAAUGUACUUUCAUAACUGUGAAAAUAACAUUUAUGUAAAAUUAUACAAGAAUUUAGAUCGCAUUCAAAUAGAUACGUGAAAUCAAUUAAUUCGACUAUAGAGUAUUAUCGAAUACAGGACAAUUACCUAUGCAAUUACACGGGUAAUUAAAAUUAUUAUAAAAUCCAUCUUACGGGUACAACAUGUGUAUAAUUUAUAAUGUAUACAAAUAAUUCGAUUUUGAUUUAUCUAUUUAAAUAAUAUCUAUUCCGAAUAAAGUAAAAACAAUAAUUGUUAGGUAUUCCAUAAAAUAGAUCCAAAGUUAUUGUGAUUAACAUAGAACCGUUUAUAAAAAUGACGAAUAUGUUGUAGGUAUACAAUUUGGGAAGAUAGGAUAAAGAGGGGAAUUCAAUGUAUGUAACGACUAAUCAUUGUUAACGAAAAUGUCUUUCAGAAAAGAGUCUACGCUUAAUACAUCUGAACAAGAUUUCUGGUAGAUAUUUUGUACACAGUAGGUAUAAAAUAUAAAAAAAAAAAAUAAAAACCAGUACAUUCCCCGCUUCGCUCUGAAUCUAAAAUUAUUUUUACAACAAGGUCCGGGUGAGUUAUUAGGUAUAUUUUGUUUUUACGGAUUGCGGGUACGAAAGUAUUCUUUAGUCUCAAAACAUUAUCAUAAAUUAUUGUGUUUUUGAAGGUCCGUGUAAAUAAAUGACAGGUUAAGGUUUUUAAAAAUGUUUUUGGUUUAUCGGUUUCCGAGCAACUAAAGAUCUGUAAUGUAAAUAAUUUUCCAUACUAUACGGAUAGUUAACCAUUUUGUUCUUAUAAUGUUAUAUGUAUAUUAUUUCAGUUUUGCAAACGUUUUGUCUAUACGAAUAAUCGAAAUAAAUAACAUAGCAAAAAAUAACCAUAAAAAUAAAGUAUCUAUGGAUACUAAACAGAAAUAUGAUAAUAUCGCGACAAUAAUACUAUACACGCCGUAUUUUCAAAUAAUGUAUAAUAUUUAUAUGCAUAUACAUAUAUUAUACAUAUGUACUGCGGAUAAAAUUUCGCGGAAUGUAAUAUAAUAUUAAUUUAAAUUUUUUAAAAAAAUUCAUCUUGCCCGCUUGAAUAUUCCACCAUAUUCCAAUUAUUUAUCAACAUGUUUUAUUAAAAAAAAAAAAUAAUAAAAACGCGAUUUAAAUAUAUUAUUUAGUUAUGUGGGCGCAGGAACAAUAUUUUUAGCCAUCCAAACAUUUCAAACAUAUUCUGUAAUUAUUGAUAUGGUGCAAUAAUCAUUCUACUCGGGGAAAAAGAAAUGUAUUUUCCCUUUAAAUAUAUUAAGGUACGUUCAUCGAACCGCAAUAAUAAUCGUUAGCAUAAUUUCCACUUAAGUAAUAAUUAUAUUAGGAAACAUUUUUAAACGUCUGAAUUUGUUGAUGCACACGUGAUACAUGAAUGGCAAUUUCACGAUAGCAGUUAAUUCAUUUUUCGAUAAAAAAUAAAAAAUAAAUAAAUAAAAACAUUUUAAUCAUUAAACUGAGAAUAAAAGUAGACAUGGACAUAUUAUGAUGACAUCCCUAUUACACUCCUCAAAUUCAUUACACAAAUUAAUAAACCAAUAUACUAAAGGGCAAAGUUCAAUUGUCAGAUUUGUUGUACGUGGGCAAAAAAUGUUUAGUUAAAGAAACAAUCUCUUAAAAAAAUGUUAAAUUGAAUUUGUGUAGACAUUUGAUUAGCAUAAUAUAAUAUCUUUGAACAAAUGAAUAACAAUCGAACGUUUAUUCGUAACAAAUUAAAUUUUAAAAACAUUUUUUGAAAUAUUCACAGAAUACUUAUAUUCCAGGAUAUAGACGUGGUAAAAUUUUAAAAACAUUUUGUCUAUUUUUCGCAAACGUAUAGCUAUUUGAAAUUGUCGAGUUUUUAUUAGGUUCCCUACUACGUGGAUAAAAUUGUUUUGACCCCCAUGAAAAUGCUCAAAAAUUCGAAACGUUAGAAACACCGGACAAUACUGUAAUUUAUUGAAUGGUUAAACAACCAAUGCGAUUUACAAUUUAACGUAUCCAACUGAAUGUGUUAAAAUACUAACGCCUUCAUUAUAUACAUAAAUAUAUAAUUAUUAUGCAACCUAUUAGUUAUUAAGAUAUAGCAAAAGUAUAUUAUACGAAUACCUGUCGUAAUUACCGCCGAUUAUAGCAAUUAUUUCGUCUAGUCUCAUUUGAUGUAUUGUAUUUGAUUUUUUAAUUUGCAUUCAUUUCGUUUACUCUUUUCGAUUUCAUAUAUUAUUCAUAAUAUAGACAGACAUGACAGACAGUGCCGAGUUUCUGCAGUAAAGUUAAUAGCUAUAUUUAUCUUGGCACCUAUACUAUAAAAUGUAAAAACAGUACGCGUACGUAAUAUAAUAUUUAAAAUCAGUCUAUCCUUCUUUUCCAAUUAUAAAAGAAAAAAAAAAAACACGAAAGAGAUCAUUAUGAGCCGUUUAAUCGCGUACGCGUAAUCAUAUUUCCAUAUAUUUUUCAUCGCGAAACUCGUUACGCCCAUCUAAAAGUAAAAUAUAAAUGUUGUAUUAUAAUACAUUAUAAUAUUACAUAUUUCUUCUAAAAUGUAAUACACUACCCACACAUAUUAUAAAUAAUAAUUAUAUAAAUCAAUCAUCCUCAGUGUACACAUUAAAAUAUUUUUCAAACACGUAGGUACACGUCCAGGGUUAUGUACUGAAAAUUAGGACGUACAAAUGUGCAAUGGAAAAAAACCCGAACGUUUGUCAGUUAGACAGGACUUAUAGACGAAGUAAAAUUUAUUAUAUUUCGUCAAACUUUGACGAAUGAUUUGAGCGAUAUUAAUAAACGGCAUGAAAAUUUAACAUAGAUCCAGGGUGGAAUAUGUAUGUAUUUUAAAUAUGUGACAAUGGUGUAGUUAUGGUAGGGUUGAUGGUGUUAGAUUCAUCUUAGAAUUUAUUUUUUUUUAUGUUAUGCAUAUUACUGUACCUAUAUACAAUCGAAAAUCGAUUUUGUUGGGGUAGUAUUAGACGGGUGUUUUCUUUUAUACCCAAGGUAAUCCAAUAAUCAACAAAAAUAAAACCUAUGUAUCGAAAUUUGUUGUCAGUUGUACAUUGUUUUUUUUUUUUAGAAAAACUGCAGAGAAUCUUGAAAUGUUUUUCAAAUAACGUACCAUUGGGUAAAAGCGAAAAUUUCCAAAUUGAUCUGGAAAGCUAAAACCCGUAAUUUUUAAUAUACAUUUUGUUACGGCCGCUUACAACGCUUACACCCAGACAAUUGAACAAUUGACGCUUACACCUCAAAAUCUUCAAUCGCAUCAAUUCCUUGACGGUAGCUCAUAGUACUUUACUCUAAGUUUGAAAUGUCGAUUGCUCGUCUCUGGUGAAAUUUAUAUUAUUAUAACAAUAUUUUAGUACGGUUUUCGUUUUAUAGCGGUCGUUUUACGUAGGCAUUUCAUUUCUAAGGUUUACUGAGGUUUUCGGGGUAUAUGGAUACCUACCUGCCCAUAGAUUUUUAACGAUUUCGUAUAAGGUAUAAUCGCACUAUUAUAUGUACAUAUAUUAUACUUAUUAAAGAUAUAUAAACAUAUCUAAUAUACCAUAAUGUAACGACCAUUGCAAGUAUACCACCUUAUGUCGUCUAAAGUUUCUCAAAUCACAUCUUAUAAUUAUUAUUAUAUACGACGAUGGAAUACGAUACCCGUCGGAAGUCGUAUAGGUUAGGCCCUAUAAUAGCUAACUGGCGUAUUAUAAUCAUUAUUAUAUUACAAGUCAUAACACUACAACAAUAAAUUAACAACCCUCCGCGUGCUUAUACUCACGUACUUAUUUACUUUCUUAUUUACUAUUAUACUUACUGAGUAUUUAUACUUGGUCACCGAAUAUUAUAAUAUAUUUCGUAGGUUUCCUAUAAUCGACUGCACCUACGUGGCAGGGUUACCAACUAUUAAACUGAGUAAUCAGAAUGCCGAAAUCAAUGACUUUUUUUUUGUCUUAUAAUACAUUUUGUAUAAAUAUACCAGUAUAUUAUUAUAAUUUAAAUAAUUUAAUGAAAAUCGUGUAAAUAAUAGAUAAUAAAAAAAAGGUAGGUCAAACGGAGGAAAUAUAUCUCCUUAAUCUUUCCUCAUAAAUACGCCACUAAUUGCAAUAAAUUAAAGGCUGUCAUCGAGGUUGACUUUGUUAUCUCUCUCUGAAAAUGUAUAGCAAAAAUGUGGUCACGUAAAACAAAGGAAAUGAUUAUUAAUAUUUUAGAAUCGUCGAAAAUAAGAGAUUAUUAACGGAACAACAGUUUCUGUUAAAAUCGAUUAUGUGUUUUAGAUUCUGAGCGGAGCGAUGAAUGCAUUGUUCUUACAGUGAUGGUUAUUUUUUUUUUCUGUAAAAUUGUUCAGCAAUUUCGCUCCGAUUUUCAAGUAUAGCACUUUUUCUGAAAGGAAAUUUGACUGAAAUGGUACUUUAAAGGAGGUCGUUUUUUUUAUUUUUCGAGGAGUUUCCAUAAUAAAUGGGAAAAACUGGUAAAAAAUAUGGGAAAAAACGUAGAAAGAACGUUUUGUAAAUAUAAUGUUUUAAAUUUUUUGUUUUUUUUGUGUUUUGUUUUGUUUUGAUUUAGUUAAAAAUAUUUGUAGAGGCCUGAGAUUUGGACAGAAAAAUUAUAUUCGCCACUUCUAGACGUGGACGAUUUUCAAAACCUUGUAGCCAUUUUCGAGCUAUUUAUAGGCAUUUUAAUUUUACGGGGUUUUUUUUUUUUACGUAAUUUUUGUCCGGUAAACACCGGAUAGUAGUUUACAAUCCAAUGAGAACAAUUCAAACACAAUGUAUUACAAAAAUAAAUUUAAUAUACAAGUAGUACUUUUUAGACGUGGGACCAUUUUCCAAAUAUUCUAGCGUUUUUUUGAGUUAUUUUUUGCGCAACACAACUUCUGGCUCCACCUAUGAUCAACAAUUUUGCAUAAUAUAAAAAUUGUUUUAAACAGUCGAAAGGAGACGGCGGAAAGAAGGCCGAGCCCCACGUCGACAAAGGACGACGUUCAGUCCGGAACAAACGCUGAGCCUGGAAAUGGAAUACAGGAACAACGAGUACGUGUCGCGAAACAGACGGUCGGAAUUGUCUAGCGCAUUGGAUCUGUCGGAAACACAGGUGAAAAUUUGGUUUCAAAAUCGCCGGGCAAAAGACAAGCGAUUAGAAAAAACUCACUAUGACCAACAAAUCAGGUAUCUACACACACAUCAUCAUGAAAAAAAAAUCGCAAUUAUUCGUUUUCAAAUGUAUAGGUAGAAUAGAUAGUAUUAUUAUAAUUAUAAAAAUAAUUUAAUUUAAUACAUUAUCCGAAAUCAUAUUAUAAUACAGUAAUUUACGUAUGAAAUAUUCAUAAACGUACAUCCUGUUACAAUCUACGAACUGUAAUUUUGUAUUUUUAUACUUAUACAUAAUAAUUUAUAUGUAGGUACUAAUGAGUUAUAAGUAAUAAAUAUUUAUCGACAGAUAAUUCCGACUUGGCAACACAUAAUCGUGGAAUUAUAAUAUUGUAUAACAGCCAUAUCAGUUAUAAUAGGUAUAUACUAUAUAGUAUUUAAUAAUUAUUAGAAAAAAAAAAUUUAGUUAACGCGAAUAAAUUGUUAAAUGUUGCAUUUUGGAAUAAACAACCACUAUUACAAAGAAAAAAAAAAAAAUGUGAAUAGGUACUUGCGGCAAGAUUAUAAUUUAUAUACGUGUCUUAAUACUAUUUUAUUAUGUAAGAAAUAUAUUUUAGUUAAAAUAUAUUCUUAUAUUUUAUAAAGAAUAGUAAAAUCUCGUAAAUGUUAUAGUAUGUUUACCUGGUUUUUUUUUUUUUUAAAUUUAUAAUUAAAUAUUAUCUAUAUAAUAUAGGCACCUGCCGUGUUCUCAAUCUUAAAACGAAUUUUUAAUUUCGCAUAUUAUUACAUUAUAAUUUAUUAGCAUGCACCUUCCAAAACUAUAAAUACAACUACCUACCAUCAAUGAUGACUCGGCUGUAAUACUUAAACAUUACCAGUGCGAAUAAAAUUUUCAAAUCAUUCUGACAAACACAUAAAAUUAUAGACAGUAAAAAAAAAAAAAAACAAAUGCAUAUUAAAAACAUAGGCAACCCAUACAGAAUACAAAGAUCUUAAUACGCAUCGACGUUCCAUUAUGGAGAAGAAGAGAUAAAAUAUACCCUCCAUUAAAAUACCAUCUCUGGACGAGGGUAUUUUGAGGUUGUGUUUAAAUUUUUUUGAACAAAUUAUAAGUUGUAAAACAAUAACUUAACGUUAAAAUAAAAAAUGUCUAAUCUUCUUAAUUACUUUUAAACCAUAGGUACUGUACACCAAUUAAGAAAUUAUCUUAGUUUGAACAUAACCUUAACAUAUCCAUAACUAGAAAGAAGCAAGUAGAUAACAGCAUAUAAAAUAAUCUUUCUCACUUAGGUAAAUUUUCCAAAUACCAAGCAAUUUCGUAUACGUAUAGUGGCCUAUUGAUUUUUAUCUCUGCAUAAAACAUAUUUUUCGUUUAGUUUAAGUUCGGUUCGUUCAGUUUUCACAACCUUUUAUUAUUCAUCGUAUUUGUAUUACUCUCGCCGAUUAACUUCAAACGUCGAUAUAACUAACCAAGUAUAUUAUCUUGUUUUUCUUCAUUUAGCACUUAAUAUUAUACCUACUCUCUUCGCUCUUGUAUUCUACUACUUUUAUUUAAGUCUUCUUACACAACAUUAAUCCAUUCGCCUUUUCCUAGACCGACCUCGAUGUCUCUAGGUUUCCAAUAAUCAGAUCAGUUGCUCUGCGUGAUGUUUUAUCCUCGCUUCUUCGCAUCACCAUUGCAUUUUAUGUCCUCGUAUGGAGCUUAUGACCGACGCCAUUAUUUCUUCUUGUGGCUCUUUGUUUUUUUUUUAAUCCUUCUCGUUCGGUCACGGUACAACGUAAAAUAACGUAAAGUUGUGAAAUUGCAUCCGCUUCACAUCUAUAUAAUGAUAUAAAGGACAACUACAGAUUUAUCGUAACGACAUCGUGCGUAACAUUCACUCAAAAUAUUAUCCGUACCUGAUAACAAACGAACAAUAUAAUAAUAAUAAUGUAAAUAUGUGUAACACGCGUCGUCGGAAAAGAAUAUUAUAAUACGAACCAGGAGAAACUCGACGUGUAUACCACCUAUGCAUAACAAUAAUAUCAUUUACGAACGGAAAAAUGCUCGGCCGAGGAAUGGCAGGGAUAGGUAUUCGCGUAUAUUGUUAUUAUGAUUUCGAAUUUCCACGUCUUGUUCGCCUGUAUACCCAGUGCCUUGUGUUCCCGCGGGAUUUUUCUCCACCUAUAUCUACUUCCGUAUAAACACGAGAACCGCAACACAAUAAGUUGUCGGGCUUAAAGCCGAUUCCGUUCCGCGUAUUUUACCCCGGUCCGGUUGCUAAAGCACCGUGCGAAAGUUAGUCAGAUGUCGCGAUAUUAUAUUAUAUUUUAUUCGCAUUAUUUUUAUUGUUAUUCCGGUGUCUUUCCGGACCUUCCCCGCCCGCGACUUGGUCGGAUUGUCGACGCCGGGCGUUUCAUUCUCUCCGCGAGAAUCGCUACGACUCUCCGCCGCAUCGACGACCGCGGAUCCUACGACGGCGAUCACUAUGAUGAUAAUAAUAAUAAUAAUAAUCAAAUCAUUCGGUAAAGUGCGCGCCGCCGGCAACAGCUGCUAUGCGUCCUGUUCAACAAUAAUAAUAAUUACGACGACAAUAUAAUAUCACACACUAUAUAUACUAUAUACAUUAUACAGAGUGAUCUAUUUAUCAAGAACCAGCGAUUUACUCGGUGGAUUUUAAUAGGACAUUACACGUGCGUUCGAUGUAUCUGUCUUACAAACGCGCGAUGUAGCAAAUUUACUUUCAGCGGAACCAAUUUUUUACUUUUAGUUUUAAUACUAAAACGGAUUGAUCAACCGUCAAACUUAAAAAUUAAACGGAUAUACUUCGCACGAUGGGUGGACCACUGUUGUAGAAGUGAAGUUGUUAAGAAAGGAUAAAGAGGAAGAAUUUAAUGUGUAUCUGUACAAACGGUUACGAAGAAUGAUUCUGAGCGGUGCUCGGUUGUACAUGUUUUGAAAGUUCGUAAUAUUUACGAUUUGAAAAUAAUAAAUUUCGUAAAUUUUGCUGUUUUUCCAACGUUGUUUCUUAUUUAAUAUGAAAACCCCUGGAAAACCAAAAAAUAACCUCCCUAAAGUACUACUCCAGUCAGACUUCCUUCAGAAAAAAUGCUAUACUUGAAAAAAAAUUCUGUUAGAAAAGUUAUUCACAGAAAUAAAAUAAACAUCAUUGUAAAACUAAUAUAUUCCUCGCUCUGCUCAGAAUGUAAAAUAUGUAUAUUAUUUGUAUAUAUACAUUGUUUUUUUCCAAUAUUCAAAUUUUCAAGCGAGAUAUAUAAGCAUUUUUAAAUUGUGAUAUUUUACACUAACAGUCCAAAAUUAGUUCUGCUGAACGGAAAUCCAAAAUACUGGAUGAUUUUUUUCAUCAUAAAUCGGCAUUUUUUUUGGAAGAUUUUAAGUGAAUUUAUUUUCUGUUUUUUUUUUUUUUUAAUCAUUAUAAAAUCAAUUAAUUUAAUUUGUAUAACUAUUCUUAAUGUUUAUCCCUACUCUAUUUCCUUAAACAAGUAUAUGGAUUUGUUUUUCAAAUAGGAACCACCCUUUUUGAUUACAUAUUCGAAUAGAGAAUAUUUGUCUAGAAAUUUGAAUAUGCAUAACACUAAUAUCAGAUUUACCGUGUCUGAAUUAUAUACUUUAAGGUUUAGUCCGGAGUAGUAGAGAAGGGUAAAUUGCAUAUUAAUUUAUACAUUACUAUACUUAAAGCCUUUAAAGUACAUACUUAUACAGCUUAAAUUAGGACAAAUUUUUAAUUUCUAUACCAUUCUAAACACAAAUUGAUGUUGAUAAUAUUUUUCAACAAUUACUUGUAUCGGAUUUUCUGUUUAUUAUACAGUUUUAAACCUAACCGGAGGAGCAGGGAGUGGUUUAAUAAACUUCAUAUCCAUGUCUAGAUGAUAAAUCAAUAUAACUAAAACUUGGAAUGUACGAGUAAUGUCACAAAAUAUCUUAAAAAAACAAAACAUGGUCUUAUGACCGGAAAAUUAAAAAUAAUGCACCUAUAUAAAAUGUAUAGUCAACAUUCACUUAAAAUCCCCCGAAAAAAUCGUUGGUUCGUGAUGAUGAAUGAAUCACUCUGUAUUAUAUUAUUAAUAUUGUUUUGUCAUCAAAACCACUGCUGACGUGAUUAUUAUCGUUUACGUUUCGUUUCGUUUUUUUUUUUCUAUUGUUUCAGGCAGAUGUUCCAUCAAAAUGGAUUCGUUUUGCCGAAGAUUUAA